AUGGCAGCAACCAGCAAGCCCUACGAAAAACUGCUAAAAGACAUACAGAUUGGCGGCAAAUCAUUCAAAUAUUACGAUCUCUCAGCUCUAGGAAGUAAAUAUGAGCGUCUCCCGUUCAGCAUCAGGGUGCUGCUGGAGUCGUGCGUGCGGAACUGCGACAACUUCCAGGUCCUCGAGAAGGACGUCCAGAAUGUCCUCAACUGGGAACAGAACCAGGCGGUGGAGGGGGGAGUCGAGAUCUCCUUCAAACCGGCGAGGGUCAUCCUCCAGGACCUGACUGGUGUACCGGCCGUGGUCGACUUCGCAGCGAUGCGGGACGCGGUCAAAGAGCUCGGUGGGGACCCAGACAAGAUCAACCCCAUCUGCCCAGCCGAUCUGGUGAUAGAUCACUCUGUGCAGGUGGACUUUGCCAGGACAGAGGACGCUUUGAAUAAGAACCAGGAGUUGGAGUUUCAGAGGAACAAGGAGAGGUUCCAAUUCCUGAAGUGGGGAGCACAAGCAUUCGACAACAUGUUGAUAGUCCCACCGGGCUCCGGUAUAGUGCAUCAAGUCAACUUGGAGUACCUCGCUCGUGUCGUCUUCACCAAUGGCAUGCUCUACCCUGACUCUGUCGUGGGCACGGACAGCCACACUACCAUGAUCAACGGGCUGGGUGUGGUCGGGUGGGGAGUUGGUGGAAUCGAGGCGGAAGCCGUUAUGCUGGGCCAGGCGAUCAGCAUGCUGCUGCCGAAGGUCGUCGGCUACAAGCUGGUGGGGGAGCUCAGUCCACUCGCCACGUCCACCGAUCUGGUGCUCACCAUCACCAAGCACCUGCGCUCGCUCGGCGUGGUGGGCAAGUUCGUCGAGUUCUUCGGCGAGGGCGUCGCCGCCCUCAGCAUAGCGGACCGCGCCACGGUGGCCAACAUGUGUCCAGAGUUCGGCGCGACGGUGGCCCACUUCCCGGUCGACCAGCGCACGCUGGGCUACCUGCUGCAGACCAACCGCUCCGAGGAGAAGAUCCGUCUCAUCGAGGAGUACUUGCGCGCCACAAAGCAGUUCCGGGACUACACCAACACCGACCAGGAUCCGGUAUUCUCCGAGGUUGUGGAAUUGGAUCUUGCAACGGUGGUCACUUCAGUGAGUGGUCCAAAGAGGCCCCAAGACAGAGUUUCGGUCUCCGUGAUGAAGAAGGACUUCAGAGACUGUCUUGUAAACAAGGUCGGCUUCAAGGGAUACGGGCUGACGCCGCAGCAGUUGACAGCCUCCGGGAGUUUCACCUUCAGCGACGGACAGACAUACACCAUCACCCACGGCUCCGUGAUAAUAGCCGCCAUCACCUCUUGCACCAACACUUCUAACCCGACCGUGAUGUUGGGCGCGGGUCUACUCGCCAAGAAGGCCGUGGAGAAUGGUCUGAGCGUGUUGCCAUACAUCAAGACUUCUCUAUCGCCUGGGUCCGGCGUCGUCACCUACUAUCUGAAGGAGUCUGGCGUCGUCCCGUACCUGGAGAAGCUGGGCUUCAACGUGGUAGGCUACGGCUGCAUGACCUGCAUCGGCAACUCUGGCCCCAUAGACGACAACAUCGCGAACACCAUAGAGAAGAACGAGCUGGUCUGCUGCGGCGUGCUAUCCGGCAACAGGAACUUCGAGGGCAGGAUCCAUCCGAACACGCGAGCCAACUAUCUGGCGUCCCCCCUGCUCGUGAUAGCGUACGCCCUCGCCGGGACCGUGGACAUCGACUUUGAGAAGCAAGCGCUGGGGAAGAGGGCGGACGGCAGCGAGGUGUUCCUGAGGGACAUCUGGCCCACCAGGGCCGAGAUCCAGCUGGUGGAGGACAAGCACGUGAUCCCGGGCAUGUUUAAGGAGGUGUACGAGAGGAUCGAGCUCGGAUCCCCAGCGUGGCAGGCCCUGGACGUGCCCAAGGGGAAGCUGUACAACUGGGACCCCAACUCCACUUACAUCAAGAAGCCCCCGUUCUUCGACGGAAUGACCAAGGAGCCGCCCGUGGCGAGGGGCGUGGAGGGCGCGCGCUGCCUGCUGCUGCUGGGCGACUCGGUGACGACGGACCACAUCUCGCCCGCUGGCUCCAUCGCGCGCAACUCGCCCGCCGCGCGAUACCUCGCCGCCAGGGGCCUCACCCCGCGCGAGUUCAACUCGUACGGCUCGCGUCGAGGCAACGACGCUGUUAUGUCGCGCGGCACCUUCGCCAACAUCCGGCUGGUGAACAGGCUCAGCCCGAACCCUGGACCCAGAACCACCCACCGGCCCAGCGGCGACCUCAUGGACAUAUACGACGCGGCCGAGAGGUAUGCAUCGGAGAAUGUUCCUCUGAUAGCGAUAGUUGGGAAGGACUACGGCUCCGGCUCCAGCCGCGAUUGGGCCGCCAAGGGCCCCUUCUUGCUGGGCAUCCGCGCCGUGAUCGCGGAGUCGUUCGAGCGCAUCCACCGCUCGAACCUGGUGGGCAUGGGCGUGGUGCCGCUGCAGUUCCUCGAGGGGCAGAGUGCCGACUCGCUGCGGCUGGACGGCACGGAGCGCUACUCGCUGCGGCUGCCGGAGAGGCUGGCCCCGGGCGAGCUGGCCACGGUGCAGGUGGACAACGGCAAAUCGUUCCAGGUGAAGAUACGCUUCGACACGGAAGUGGAUCUGACCUACUUCCGGCACGGCGGCAUCCUGAACUACAUGGUGAGGAAGAUGCUC